AUGACGACUGAAUUGAAACUAGCAAAACAGACUGUACCGAUAAACAAGAUACCAAAAAACUCUGUUGAUUCUGGCACAAAGAUUCAAGCAACGCUAUUUAAUAAGCAUAUCGAAAAAUGGAAGGACUUUUUGAAGCCAAAUAAGAGUUACUACAUUGCUAAAGGACGCUAUGAUCGUGUCAACCCCAACUACUCUUCUGUGCAUAAAGAAGUUGAAUUGGCCUUUACAGACAACACAGUAAUAAAGGAGACCGACCAUGAGGUUUCAACACAUAAAAUUUCUGAUGGUAUUUUAUCAUUAGACGUUGCUGAUAACUUACCUAAUGGUUCUAUUCUAGACUUGAUUUGCAUCUUAGUUUCGGUGAAUCCCAUCAUUCAAAAUGCAACUUCGAAAAGACGAGAAAUAGUUGUUACAAAUGAGUUGAUGGAGCCUACAACUGUAACUCUUUGGGGCGAUUUUGCUGAAAAUAACGGUGCAUUCCUGGAUAAGCUUACAGACGAUAAGCCUAUACUCGGCUUAUGUGACUUUAGAGUCUCAAUCUAUAAAGAGGCUGACAACAAAGAUAUUAAAGUAGCACCAACUAAGGCAAUGAGAAGAGCUAUAAAAGUUCUGUUGGACCAUAUUCUCGAUGGGUUGUUGGCUGAAUCGCAGGAUUCUAUGUACAAGUUCAAAGCAACGAUUGUAGACAUACUCAAUAAAGAUGAGCCAUGGUAUUUGUCGUGCAAAACGUGCCGCAAGAAAGUCAAAGUUAUAGCAGAGGUUGAAGCUUGUACUAAUUGCAACAUUGAUAAUGUAGAAUAUGCAGUGAGAAUUAAUUUGACAGAUGCAAACCCCGGUAGGAGCUUAAUUGCCGAAGAAAUACAUAAACUAGAAGAUGAAGCACCAAUUAUCCUAGAAGAAGAAGUCAGAUCAAUGAGGAAGUACAUAAAGAGGGCUAAGAAAACCACAAAUGCAGCGGCCCAAAUCAACCAAAAUAAACCCAAAUCCGCUAAAGAUUAG